UUCCUACUUUAAACUCCUCUGCGUACCGCCGUACGCUGUCGCUAACUUCGCAGAGAGAAGAGAAGCAAUCACUGCUUUGCUUGAGCUCUGCUUACAUAGAGACACAGAGAUGGCUAACAAUCCUUCACAGCUCCUUCCCUCAGAGUUGAUAGAUCGGUGCAUAGGGUCGAAGAUAUGGGUGAUAAUGAAAGGCGACAAGGAACUCGUUGGUACACUCCGGGGUUUCGACGUCUACGUCAACAUGGUCCUCGAGGAUGUCACUGAAUAUGAAAUCACUGCUGAAGGGCGACGAAUAACAAAGCUCGAUCAGAUUUUGCUUAAUGGGAACAACAUUGCCAUUCUUGUCCCGGGUGGUUCCCCUGAUCCAGAAUAAGCAUGGAGGAGAAGGGCUCUUCUUGCUGCCUUUGUUUAUCCUGUCAAAAGGGCUGAUUACAAUCUCAAUUCUAAUGAAAUUUCUGCCUUCUAACUUUAGAUAGGUUAUGGUUUUCGAGGAUGGAAAUGCUAUUUCGAUAUUAUGUUAUAUGUCUAUUUGAGAUUGUUCCAAUUAAAGUAGUAUUGUUUUUACUUAAAUUUAGAUAUCAUUAACUCUCUGUUGUGCCCUAUAUUUAUUUAUAUUUUCUGAAGGCAAGACAUGAAAACAGUUAUGGGCAAUAUAAUAGAGAACUGUUUGUAGAACAACUAGGCUUUGGGGAAAGCAUUCAGAUUAAAAUUGCUUUCCAUAUUUAUUUGGAUUGAACUUUUUAUA